AACAGGAGGACGUGGGCACACAACACCGAACGAACAUCAUAUACACACCCCACUCUCACAGACAUUCCUUCUUUCACCCUCCAGCUCGAUCUUUUUUACUCCCACUUCCCUUUCCCUCCUCUCCGGGAUCAAGCGUUAAUCUGUGAAUCUCUGACCGCAAAAAAAAAAAAAAAAAAAAAAAAAAAAAAAAGUGGGUGGGGGGAUCCCGAAGUAGCAGAGUGAGGGAAGAGGAGGUGGAGAAAGGCGGGGAGGAGGAGGAGGAGCCCAGCGAACCAGAGUCAGAGAGACUGGUGGCUCCAGCGAGUGUGCAGCCCUGGGGGGAGUCGGCGCUCCAGGCUGGGAACCCGCCCGCUCGCCAGCCCGCGCCCAGGGGCCUGCUUCACCCGGAGCUGGGGCCGCCGCUCAGGGGCGCUCGGGUCAGGGUCGCCGUUCGGGGCGAGCCGGCCGCGCCGCCAGACUGGUCCCCCGCGCCCACGCCCGGGAUGCCGUUCUACAGGCGCACGGUGGUGCCCCAGCGCCUGUGCCCGCGAAACCCGCCACAGCCGCUGACCGAGCUCCGCGACGUGAGCCACCUGGCCGCGCUCAGCGUGCUCCGGCAGCUCGCCGACCUCUGCGGCCACUCGUUGGCUCUGCUCGAGGACCUCGAGGGGCACCUGCUGGCCCUGGGGCGCCGCACCGACAGUCUGUUCCGGCGCACCGUGCGCCUCCGCCGCCGCCUUCCCUACCGCCUGCUCGGCCGGGAGGACCACGAGGAAGAGUUAGUCCCACCUACCGUGACAGCCAGCCAGCCAUCCUGGAGAGGAAGAGACUCAGGGAUUGGAGAAGAAGAGAAAAGACCCAGUUCUCAGUUAAAGUGCUUCCCUUGGAAAUAAGAAGGAAUGAGAAUCCUCAUGCAAAGACAAAUGAAGUUGGACCCUUAACCUCACGCCAUAUACAGAAAUUAACCCAAAAUGGAUCAAAGAGCUAAAACUGUAAAAAUCUUAGAAGAAAGUAUAGGUGUAAAUCUUCAUGACCUUGGAUUAGGCAGUGGUUUCUUAUAUGUGACACCAAAGGGACAAGACACAAAAGAAAAAAAAAUAAAUUGAACUUUAUUGAGAGUGAAAAACUUUCAUUUCAAAGAACACCAUCAGGAAACUGAAGAGACAACCCACGGAAUGAGAAAAUAUGUUUGUAAAUCAUAUAUGUUAUAAGGAACUUGUAUACAGAAUGCUGGGAAAGAUUGAAGGCAGGAGACAAGGGUGACAGAGGAUGAGGUGGUUGGAUGGCAUCACCAAUUCAAUAGACGUGAACUUGGGCAAACUCCAGGAGAUGGUGAAGGACAGGGAAGCAUGGCAUGCUGUCGUCCAUGGGGUUGUGAAGAGUCAGAUGCAACUUGGUGACUGAACAACAAGGGACUGUGCGGGGAGUGGGAAUAGGGAAUUAAUGGGUAUGGGCUUCUUUCAGGAUAAAGAAAAUGAUCUAAAAUGGACUGUAGUGAUGGACACACCAUUCUGAGAAUAUACUAAAAGCCAUUGAAUUGUCUACUUUAAUAGUUUGAAUUCUGAACUCUAUCUCAAUAAAACUGUUAAAGAAAAAAGUAGAAGGAGAAAAGAACUAUCCAGAACUGCCAUGGCAGAGUUUACAAAGGGAAGAGGGUUUAUCAGAGAUCAUAGGAGGUAUCUCUGUGUGGGUGUGUAUUCCCUGGCUGUGUGUAUGUGCAUGUGCUCAUAUAUGUGUUUCAGGGUAUUCUGGCCCUGGCCUGGCCCCAGGCAAAACUGUCACACAGGCAAAAUUUCCCCCCAGCACUUUCCUAAUUAUCCCUCUGCCUGAACGUGAAUAAAGGUUUAAUUUACUUUCCCUUGAA